AGAAGGUCAAACUAACUAUUGGCUUGCUGCUCAGUUAGUUUUUGCUAAACGUUCGUAAUGCUUGUGAACAUUUGCAAAUGACUCGAAUAUUAUGAAGACAACUCAAGAUAUUGCAUAUGUUAUCUGUUACCUUAAACCUGAUAUCACAUUAUACCAGAAAAUGCUGGUAUUAUGUUGGGCGAAGACCAAGAAUAUGUUUUUCUGUGAAACUGUAACGAUGACUUCAUUUUUAUUAUGGUUAAUAAAUUACAGUUGGUGGUUGGCGAGACUUGCAAUUGAAAAAUGUAAUAUUGCUUUAAAUACGUUUGACCAAAAACUGAAUUCGAUUGAUUCAGAAGUGGAUGGUCCCAAAAGAUGUGAAGUUAAAUGUGAUGUAUUAUAUGACCCGGGAAUUGAAUCAACUUUCAUGGACGUAGUUUUUAUACACGGACUGAAGGGUGACAAACUUAAGACUUGGAACCAAGGUGUGUGGAAACAAGUGGAUCAAAAGCCUGAGCCUGUGGUUGUCAGGAACUCCGGAUUAUCCACAAUAAAUCAAUUUGAAAGAUUGACAAUCAACGAGGAGAUUAAAGAGUUUACUAAUUGCUGGCCUAGAGAUUGGCUGCCACUAGAUUGUCCAUAUGUUCGAGUUAUUUCGAUUAGCUACAGUACCGACCCUUAUUUGUGGAGACCUAUAUGGUUAAGCAAACCAAUUAGAACAACCAUGAAAGACAGAGGAUUGGAAAUGAUAUCACUUUUAAGAAAUGUACGUGUUGGACAGCAUCCCAUUACAUGGGUUGGUCACUCUAAAGGGGGAUUGUUCAUAAAACAAAUUCUAGUGCAUGCUAAUGAAAACCAGCAAACCCGCAAAAUUAUAAAAAAUACCAGAGGGAUAUUAUUUUAUAGUGUUCCCCAUAACGGUUCUCCUUUGGCCAAUAUAAAAUUACCACUGUUUCAACGAUCAAUUGAAUUACAAGAGUUAGUAAAUGAUUCACAAGAUAUACAAAAACUUCAAAAAACAUUUCAUGAAAUAAUGAACAAUAAUAGACAAAUACAAGUGAAAAGUUUUAUCGAAACCAAGUUAACACUGAUGAAGCUAAUUUAUUUAAGAAUUGUUUCUAUACAGUCUGCAGAUCCAGGAUUUGGAGAUUUAUAUGGUGUUCCAUUGGAUCAUCGAAAUAUUUGUAAACCAAAAAAUCGGAAUUGUUUUCUAUAUCAAGAGCUGGUUAAUAUGAUACAAUCAUUAAAGCAAUCAACAGUAGAAGAAAUAGAGUAAAGAAUAAUUAAAAUAAUUUAUAUUAUACAUAAAAAGUAAACAAGAGAUCAUUAUACAUCAUAAAUACCAAUA